AUGGAGACUGCCGGAAGAGUUAUCCCAAUAAAACACAAUCGGUGGGGUCGAUAUGUCAAUCCUUGGGAUUCAUGGAAUGAGAAAAGAAUAAAAGCUGCAUACUACCUCCUUACCAAUAAACCCUCAGAGGAUAUUUGGCCCUCUCCCAGCAAUGCAGAGUUGGACAUAAAUCUCCCAGUAGUCAAGCCUGUCUUUGGCCCCCCUUUCGUUGGCUUUGACUCCGACUGUGGGGUUCGACUCACCUGGCUUGGCCAUGCCUCCGUUCUCCUUCAUCUGGAUGGAGUCAAUAUACUCUGCGAUCCAAUUUUUGGCUCCCGGUGCGUUGUUAUAGGACCUAAACGCUAUCGUCCCAUGCCUUGCAAGGUUGACGAGUUGCCUAAGAUUCAUGCUGUGGUUAUCUCGCACAACCAUUUUGACCAUCUGGACCUGCCAACUAUCAGAGAAUUGAGUCAAUGUUUUCCCGACACCAUUUGGUGCGUUCCCAUCGGCUGUGCAGAUUUAGUCGCCUCCACAAUUGACCGUGGAAAGGAAAGACGUCGUCCACGUAUCUGGGAGGCGAUGUGGUGGGAGGAGAGGACGAUUGGACACAGUGGACUUAGGCUAAUCUUUACGCCUGCACAGCACUGGUCUGGCCGUAAUAUCUUUUUUGACAACGACAAGAGCCUGUGGGGCAGCUGGACUUUUGUUGGACCGACUCAUCGCGCUUGGUUUGCUGGUGAUACGGGGUACUGCGAGGUCUUUCAAGACAUUGGAGAGCGAUAUGGUCCUAUCGAUGUUGCUGCCAUUCCAAUUGGUGCCUACACACCACGAAAUUUGAUGCGACCCCAACACGUGGAUCCGCAGGAGGCUGUACAAAUUCACCGUGACAUUCGUGCCACCCAUUCUGUGGGCGUUCAUUGGGGGACAUUUCAUAUUGGUCGUGAACCUUACAUGCAACCGAAAGACGAUUUGAAGGCGGCACUUGAUGCGGCUGGCCUAACCGAAGAGGACUUCCGAACCCUUUAUCAUGGGCAAUCUUUAUGCUACCGAAGAAUACCCAAUGAAACUCUAAUGGUGGAGUAG